AUCUAUUCAAAAAAUUGUGAUAGACAAAGAGAGUGGGAACAUGCUCGUACAGUUUGAAAGUUGUGUGGUUGCUGCACCACUGUGCCCUCUGCAUAACACUUGUGUGCAAAGAACAUGUUCUGCUGCAAGUGAUCCUUACUGUAGUUGGAACAGAAACCUCCAGAAAUGUCUAUACACUCAUUACCUUUCAACCUAUUCAAGUUUUCAUUAUGACACUACACCCUGUAAAGAAGAUACGGCUGGCGCAGCAGUUUUGGAAGUUCAUAAUCCUGAUGAAGAACUUGUGACCAGUGACAACCAUACAGAAACCCCAACAAUCAACCCUAAUAUAACUGAUGUAAACCACUAGGUAGCACCUUGCCCCCUAAAACACUGCUGGCGUCAACCUCUCCUAUGUUAGUGAUUAUAUUAGCAAUCGUGAUUUUCUUUGUUGGUUUUGUUCUGGGAGCAGUCAUUUGCUUCUUUAGAAGGAAGAAAAAGGGGGAAGAGAAUUUCACUUUGGCGGAAAUUUAAAGCAACUGCAAAUGGAGGGAACCAUAUUGCCAAGGAAAGUUCAGAUUACAACCAACAAAAGGUUUCACGGUCACGGCAACCAAGUGGUAAUAGGCAAAGUUCUGGUCGGGAUCCUCGAGGAAGUGACUACAGGGGUAGCAGAAGUGACGAGGAAGUUUUCGACAAAUCAGAGCUGCCCGUUAUUGACCAACCCACCAAUCACAGACAGAAAAAGAUGAUGUCAACCAGUAGUAGCCAAGGUGGAAGACAAGCAACACGUGCUUCUAAACAUUCAACUGGAUCUAAUGGUGUCGAACAUGCCGAACAACAAGAAAGUCCAACACAGCAAGAUUUCUAUGAUGCACAGUUUGUCCGCCAGUUAUCAAAUGGGAGCGGCCACAGUCUUGAAAUGACUGGCCCUCUUGAAAAUGAGGCAUUUGCUCCAAGUUCUCCACACAAAAUGUCCCGGGUUCCACCUAACAGAUCCACCUCAUUCCCAGCCCCACCACUUUACCGAACAUACAGCGUCGAUCAACCAAAUACAAUCGGCCACCCGCGACAAAACCGCCGACCAAUCGCGCGCCAGCAUUCACUCCAAGUGCAGCGGAACCCACAGCAGGCAAUGUUUAACCAGCCACCAAUCCAAAUGGGUCAAUUCCCACAGCAACAGACUAUGCCACACCCUGCUAAUGGUCAAGGGUGGAUGGUACAAACACCAAACAGACAGAAGCCAAACGGGAAACCUUUCGAUCAGCGUCAAAUGACUCACAGUCUUGAUAGAAGACAACUACAAAAGGGACAGAACCAAUAUAUGAAAGAAGGACAAAUGAUGGUUCCAACUACACCAACUGGAUACUCCAUGCCCCACCAUCGAAAACGUUAUGUAAGUGAACCAGGUAAAAGUGCAAUUCCCCAAUCUCACAUGCAAAUGUUGCAACCAACUCAAUAUCAGUCAAUACAAGAGGAACAAGAGCCUUUUAUUCCAAGCAAUUCAGCAGCUGACAGUGAAAAAAUGCGCAGGGAACAUUUAUCGCUUAAUGUGCUGCCAGUAUACGAGCAAGACCCGAACGCAGCUGCUCAAAAUAUUGUCAAAACUGCCCCAGCAAUGAUCCAGGACCAAUUGGAGCCUUUGUUCACAAUUCCUGGAGUGAGACAGUACCCUGGUAGAUACCCAACUCACUCGAACCCAGGCACCCCUAUGCGAGAAGCUCCCCCACAAAUGUUUGAAGACAUGAACGGGGAUCAAUAUAAACGACAUACAACUUUACCGAACAAACCAAAGCCCAAAAUAAUCCCAACGCAACAAAUGCAGCAAAUUUUGAACAGAGAAACUCCACAGCGACCACAGGUGUUAAAUUUAAAUCAAAACAAUUCCCUUCAACCUGUGCUACAAAGCAAAUCGAGUCCAGCAGUGACACCUAGUGAUGGAAGGCCAGCUUUUCCAAACACACAAAGAAAUCGACAUAGCAGUGGAAAAACACAGCUGACUCCAUCAUCACCAGUCAAAUCAAUCGUCCCCAUUAACUUUACCACAAACAAUAACCAGAACAACGGGAAUGGCCAUGUUGGGUUAAAAGCAAGGAAACCGUCUGGUGAAAAACAGCACCAGUGAUCCAAUGCAAUAUUUUGUUUUUACAUUAUUUGUGAUUAUUGUAAAUCCUGCUUGCUUUAACAAAGCGUAUGUUUUUGCUUUUAACGAAUGUCGUAUCUUUUUGACAUUAGCGUAAUAUUUUAUUGUUACAAUAAUUCACCUAAAGUUCAUUUACUUUUUACAGCCGCGCCAUAUAUUUAGAUAUGUGUUUUUCAUACAUUCGUAUACCAAAGCUAAAUUUGAUCCUGUUUUAUUGCGUCACAUUGUUAAGUUAUAACACCUUUCAUCUUGUUACAAAAGAUAUAAAAAGGAAAAUUAAUUUAUAAUAAUAUUGGAAUUUCACAAGGGCAUUAUAAUUCAUCAUUUUUUUUAUAAACCUUACCUCUGGAAAUAGAACUUUAUUUACAAAAAAAGGCCAACUCCCUAAAAUAUAUCCAACUGUUUAUGCCUCUGUCUGUGCCUUAUCCCAGUUUAAAUCCCCUUAUGCCUCUAUUUGUAAACAUUGUUUUUAGACUGUAAAUUUGCUGUGUGUCCUAUCGUGCCCCAAAAUACCAGUCACAGUUGUUUAUUGUUUGCACUUAACCGACUUUUGUUUCUUGCCGUUAACAUUUGUCAAAAGUUUCCAAUAUUUCAACACUGCCAACUAAACAUUGAAAUGUUAUUUCAUGUUUUAAAUAAAAUUGAAUAUACUAAA